AUGUUCAAACCAACUUCUCCUCUGCUUAGUGGCCUAUUAUGGAAAAUUCCCUGGCGCCUGUCCAGCCCGCAGAAAGCUAGACAACGGAAGCGUUUAAGAGCAGUCGAUAGCGUCGUUGAUACGGUUUACGCUGCGCUGGAAAGAAAUGGGCUAGGAGCUGCGAAGCCUGUUGAGCGAUGGUACCGCGAGAUGCCCAGGGAAGAGGAAAUGCUGCCGCGAGACAAGUAUACGAUUUUCGACCGGAAGGAGAAGAAGUACCGCAAGGGAAUACAUAAACUGCCCAAAUGGACUCGUGUUAGCCAGAGAAUCAAUCCUCCUGGUUUCUAA